AUGGAAGAAGAUAAAAAAGGACAAAAGAGAUCAGUUGAUGAUCAAGAUAUUGUAACUGCUGAAACUACUGCAACUACUACAGAUACAACAUCAAUUUUGACGUCGAAUGACAAUGCAGCUGAGACUGCAACUGCUGCAUCAGCUGCCUCAAAACAAACAUUGUAUCGAGGCAAAUUUAGAGGAUAUAAAAAGCAUACACGUCUCUUUGCAACAUCUGAACAAGUUAAGGGAUUCUUGGUAGCUUGUGAAAAGGCAAGAGAUUCUCAAUCAAUCUCUGAAACUAUGGAUUUAUUACAUUUUUAUGCAUUAAAAUUCUUACCUGAAUUUAAAGAUACUAUACCGUUAGUAGUUAAAGAGAAAUUACCAAAGAAUAAUGAUAAUGAUAAAAAAGAUGGAAAGGAUGGAAAAGAUGGAAAAGAAAAUGAAGAGGAUGAUGAAGAGGAUGAUGAUGGUGAAGAAGUUGAAAUUAAAAAAACAGAGACUGGAGAAUUAGUACAAACAAGAAAGCGAUUUGAAUUGAUCAAUUCGGCGUGUGGAGGAUUAUAUGUGAUCAGUAUAGUACAGGAAGACGUCAAUCCUGUUGACUUUGGGUCAGCUAUUAUCGUCGAUCUAUACAAUCGUUUCAAACACGUGCACACCUAUGAAGACGAGACAGCACAACAAGAGAGAUUCAAGAAUCUUCCACAAUCGGUCAAAGACAUGUUGGCCAAUGCCAAACCAGACUCUGAAAUUCCCAAACACCCAACCAAAAAUAUAUUCAACAUUCGAUUCACCUUUAGACUCAUUCCAUUCCAACGAUCAACUCAAACCGUUAUGGUUGAUUUCGCACCCGUCAUUUCAAAUUUAAUUAAAGAUCAUUUUGGAAAUAAUGAUACAAAGUCUACUUUUAGCAUAGAAUAUAGAACUAGAAAUAGUCAUAAAUGUGGUAAAGAGGAGGUGAUUGAAUCAGUUGCCAAAUUAUUGACAAACAAGGUUGAUUUGAGUAAUCCAGAUGUCACUAUUAUCAUCGAGGUUAUUAAAUCGGCCAUGUGUACAUCGGUGGUCAGAGGUUUCAAAUCACUAUUUAAAUUUAAUAUUAAAGAAGUUAUUCAUGGUAAUGAUCAUAGAUUUGCUAAACAAAAACAAUUAGGAAAUAAUAAUAAUACAAAUAACAACCAAAGCUCUGACCAAGCAAAAAAAAAACAAAAGAAAUAG